AUGAGACUGAAGACUUCACUCUUAAAGGAACCAAAGCAUAAAGAAUUAGUUAGCUGUGUGGGAUGGACUACUGCUGACGAGCUAUAUUCCUGCAGUGAUGAUCACCAAAUUAUGAAAUGGAACCUUUUAACUAGUGAGACAACCCGAGUAGUGAAACUUCCAGAUGAUAUUUAUCCCAUAGAUCUUCACUGGUUUCCCAGAAGUAUAGGUGGGAAGAAGCAGUCCCAUGCUGAGACCUUUGUUCUAACAAGUUCUGAUGGGAAGUUCCACUUGAUUUCAAGAUCAGGGAGAGUGGAGAAAAGCAUAGAAGCACACACUGGGGCUGUGCUGGCGGGACGGUGGAAUUCCGAGGGAACAGCACUGGUCACAGUUGGGGAAGAUGGCCAAGUGAAAAUCUGGUCUAAAACUGGAAUGCUGAGAUCCACUUUGGCUCAGCAAGGAGCACCAGUGUACUCAGUAGCCUGGGGACCUGAUUCUGAAAAAGUUCUCUAUACUUCAGGGAAGCAUCUGAUUAUUAAACCUCUUCAGCCCAAUGCUCAAGUUUUGCAGUGGAAAGCUCAUGAUGGACUUAUUUUAAAAACUGAUUGGAACUCAGUUAAUGAUCUUAUUAUUUCUGCAGGUGAAGACUGUAAAUACAAGGUCUGGGACAGCCACGGCCGCCUGCUGUACAGCUCCCAGCCCCAUGAAUAUCCUAUCACCUCUCUUGCCUGGGCUGGGGAUGGAGAAUUAUUUGCUGUGGGGUCUUUCCACACUCUGCGUCUGUGUGAUAAAACUGGGUGGUCUUAUGCUUUGGAGAAGCCCAACACUGGCAGCAUAUUUAAUAUUGCUUGGUCUGUUGAUGGCACUCAACUAGCUGGAGCAUGUGGAAAUGGACAUGUCAUUUUUGCCCAUGUUGUGGAGCAACGGUGGGAGUGGAAGAACUUUGAAAUAACAUUAAUUAAGAGGAGAACCAUGGAGGUGCACAACGUUAUGAACGACACGGUGGAUUCGCUGGAGUUCCGAGACAGGGUUAUCAAGGCCUCUUUGAACUAUGGGCAUUUGGUGGUUUCAACUUCUCUGCAGUGCUACGUGUUUUCUACAAAGAACUGGAACACACCACUGAUCUUUGACCUGAGGGAAGGAACAGUCAGUUUGAUUCUACAGGCAGAAAGGCAUUUUCUUCUGGUAGAUGGUGGAGGACUUUAUUUAUAUUCAUAUGAAGGAAGAUUAAUUUCCUCUCCGAAAUAUCCAGGGAUGAGAACAGACAUUUUAAAUGCCCAGACAGUAUCUCUGAGCAAUGACACUCUAGCAGUCAAAGACAAAGCUGAUGAAAAGGUUAUCUACAUAUUUGAAGCUUUAUCUGGGAAGCCACUGGGUGAUGGAAAACCUCUAACCCAUAAGACGGAAAUUGUGGAGAUUGCUUUGGACCAGAAAGGACUUACAAGUGAAAGAAAAAUAGCUUUUAUUGACAAGAACAGAGAUCUUUACAUUACUUCAGUGAAACGGUUUGGAAAAGAACAGAAGAUUGUCAAAAUAGGGACCAUGGUUCAAACUUUGGCUUGGAAUGACUCCUCCAACAUUCUCUGUGGGAUUCAAGGGACCCGGUUUACAGUCUGGUACUACCCCAACACAGUCUAUGUUGAUAAAGAUCUUUUGCCAAAAACUCUGUAUGAAAAAGAUGCAAGUGAAUUUAGUGAAAAUCCCCAGAUUGUGCAUUUUGUAGGAAAUCAAAUAACAAUUAGAAGAGCAGAUGGGUCACUUAUUCACCUCAAUAUUUCACCUUAUCCUGCGGUUCUUCACGAGUAUGUUAGUGGUUCUAAGUGGGAAGAUGCUGUCAGAUUGUGUCGUUUUGUCAAGGACCAAACCCUGUGGGCCUGCUUAGCUGCUAUGGCCAUUGCCAACAAAGACAUGGCUACAGCAGAGAUCGCCUAUGCAGCCAUUGGAGAGCAUGACAAGGUGCAGUAUAUCAAUUCCAUCAAAGAUCUUCCAUCAAAAGAGUCCAGGCUGGCUCAUACACUGUUGUUCAGUGGAAACACCCAGGAAGCUGAGACCCUGCUCCUCCAGACAGGCCUUGUUUACCAAGCCAUUCAAGUCAACAUUAAUCUGUACAACUGGGAUAGGGCCCUGGAUCUGGCAGUGAAGCAUAAGACACAUGUUGACACUGUCCUGGCUUAUCGACAGAAGUUCCUAGAGGACUUUGGUAAAAAAGAAACCAACAAAAGAUUUUUGCAAUAUGCAGAAGGUCUGGAAGUUGAUUGGAAUAAAAUCAAAGCCAAAAUUGAGAUGGAAAUGGCUAAAGAAAGAGAACGAGCAGCAGCAGGUCCUGCAGUGAGAGGAAGUGUAACUGUGCAGCAGUGACUUUCCUUUUGGUCAUCUUGGGAAGUGCUUCAUGAAGAUUUUAUACUGGCAUCUUUUGACAAACAUGAAUUAAAAAGCCACAGCAAACAUCUUGUGGGGAGCAGAAGUGAGGAUUGGUAUAGUUCUU